AUCCCUCAUUUCGCUAGCUUUAGACGCCUGUGUGGAUCAGACCCUCAGGACUUUGCAGCGCUGCCACUUCAAUUCAAAGUUACAUGUACACAGUGCUGCAGAAUCGCGACGGUGCCACUUUGUUAUUGUCAAGAUACUGAAAACAACAAAAUCUAAAAUAUCUACGAAACGGCUCUCACAUUACCUAUCAAUAUCAUAUUUUUCGUGAAUUUGUCCUGGUGUUUAAACGUUACCAAAAAGUUUUAUGUUGUUGAGAGUGCUCAAACCAGGUUGCAAAUUCGUCUCCGAAAUUGAAAGACAUAGAGAUCAGUGACCAGAAUAUAACAAAGAGUGAUCCUUGAGUGUUUUGAGUAGUGUUUAAUUUCAACGCAGACAAGCAUUUGUCGAUACAAAAAUUAACCUUGAAUUGAUGGCUGCUGUCGAGCUAAUGCCGAUUUGUGGUGCCGGUGGUCCGGGAAGAGAAUCGUCCUUUUGUCACUGUAGUGUUGAAACUAUCCAAGACUCAUGUCGAUGCGGCGAAGAAGCGGACUGUCACGAAUGGGCAUGGGAUGAUGCCUUUUGUACGCCAGAUACACACUUAGUUGGUAAUAACCGGGGAGUACUCUUUCACCCAGGCUAUAGCUCAGGCACUGCUGCAGUUCGUGGAGACACGCCAUGUGAAGCUGGAAGAGAUUAUUAUUGGGAAAUAAAAAUGCUUACACCUUUGUAUGGGACAGAUGUGAUGGUGGGUGUUGGAACCCCUAAUGCAGAGCUAUCCAAAUCGCGCUACCAGUUCUGCAGUCUUCUAGGAUGUGACCAGGAAUCGUGGGGUUACUCGUAUAAAGGGCAUAUACAACACAAUGGUGAGAAAAAGUCAUAUGGUCCUGGUUUUGGCCAGGGUAGUGUCAUAGGUGUUCGCUUAGAUAUGUGGAAUGGGACACUACAGUUCUUUUUAAACAGAAUCCCGCUAGGUAUUGCAUUCACCAAUUUGAAAGGCAAAGUUCUCUAUCCAAUGGUGUGUUCUACUGCAGCCCAUUCAUCGAUGCGAGUAAUUUACUCCUUCUCUUGCAAAUCUUCGCUGCAACUUUUGUGCAUGCAAGAACUGACUAACAACAAAGUACAAAUGGAACACUUAAUGCGUGUACCAGGAUUUAGAAACAGUUUACAGAGAGCUUUUUGGUGGCUUGCUCCAGAUCCUUAUAUUCAUAAUUGUAAGCUGGCAUCUGGUACCAUGAAUGUUAAAGACAGCACAGAAAGCCGUACAACACAGCAGGAAGACACUGAACAUGAUACAACAGCCGUAACUGGAUGUGUGUCACAUGUGAUUUUGGACAGUGAUGCGGACAGUGACCUAGAGACAUCGUCGCUCGAAAAUAGUCAUGCAGGCUUAGUCAGUGCACGCAGUUAAAUAUGAGAGAAAUAAGACUUCCCAUGUUUUGGACAAAGGUGUAAUUUUGCUGGGAUUUGCUGAAGGACCGGUCUUCGUACCAGUGAAAGUGAUAUUACAUUUUUCUUUUGUUGUAAAUUAUGAUGAGUACCAAGACUGCAUGGAACAGAUUUUACACAUACUGUUUUAUUUCUGUGUCGUGGUAAAAGUUAUGUUGAACUGUUCCUGUAUCCACAAUGUAAUUACCAUGUAUGAGCUUGCUCAACAGAAAGGAAAUUUGAUGAUAAUGAGAAUAUUAAUUGUGAUAAUAAUGAGAAUGUUAAUUGUGACAGACAUUAAACAGUCAUAGCAAAGAUGGCAUUAGCAUGAAGUUUUCAUGCAUUUACGUAUUAUAAGUAAAAUAUUUUUCAAUGUACAUAACUAUAGAUGUAGUAUAAGAACUCAAACUUCAAUGUCACUUUUAGCUAGUAAACGAUUUUAUAAAAAGAAAGUACCUGUAUAUGAACUUAAGUAGCAGAAAAUUUAUCUUGUGAGAAAUAUAUUGCAAAAAAAGAAAAUGCAGCAGUUCAUUGAAAGAAAUUCACACAUAGUUCACAAUUUUUGACAGGUUGUAAAAUUAUUGUGCAGACAUCUUUACAAUUUUGGUUUGCUUAAAGACCUGAAAACAGACCUGAAGUGUGAUUUCCCCCCCCCCCCCCCCC